CCUUGAAGGCAGCAGAAGAAGCGCUCUGGGCUGAGGAUAUAAAAAGGAGCGACCCCUCUUCCUCGGUCUCAUUCGACCUGCAUCCAUCUGCACGACGUAACGUUCUCUUCUACUCCACCUAAGGACAAAAGAUAAACAUCGAAAAUGUCGGAUGAGGGUAAGCUGUUCAUCGGAGGUCUGAGCUUCGAGACCAACGAAGACUCAUUGGCUGCAGCAUUUGGAAAAUAUGGAACCAUCGAGAAAGUUGACGUGAUCAGAGACAAAGAGACGGGAAGAUCUCGCGGUUUCGGCUUUGUGAAGUACGACAACGUUGAAGACGCUAAAGAUGCGUUGGAUGCCAUGAAUGGAAAGACGCUUGACGGCCGGGCGAUCCGAGUGGACGAGGCGGGAAAAGGCGGUCGUUCCAGAGGAGGGUUUGGCUCUGGUCCACGCGGGGGUAGGUUCAGCGGCUCCAGGGGGAGGGGAGGACGUGGCUUCUCCAGGGGCGGCUACAACAGCGACAGAAGCUACGGUGACAGAAGCUACGGCGACAGGAGCUUCGGCGGCGGCGACAGGAGCUUCGGAGGUGGAUACAGGAGUGGAGGUGGUGGAGGAGGAUAUUCCUCAGGCGGUUACAGGGACAACAGGGGGCAGGGUGGAUAUGGCGACCGCUCUGGAUCGUAUCGUGACGGCUAUGACAGCUAUGCGACACACGAGUAAACCUCUCCCUGAUUCAAGAUCAUCACUUGGCUGGCCGUUUUUGAAAGCUGUGCUCCUCAAGGAAAAACAUGUCCACGUGUAAUAUGUAGUUCUGUUGUAGUAGCUUGGCAUCUGAACUAAAUGUAGCCUUGAGUUUUGGUUAUUGCUCAACCAUGUUACCAAUUAAAAAUUUAGUACUCUUGCUCAAUUGACCACUCCUAUCGUUCAAAGCUUUUUGUAUAAUCUCUACUGUACAGCCCCCUUUUUUGAUGGGGGGGGGGGGGAUAAAGCAGCUACCCACCUUGCUUAUUUUUUUUGUCGAUCAGUUAACCAGAUUUCUUUUGUCCAGCACUUUAAAGUGUUACAUUUGUUUUUAUAAGAUCUUAAUGGGGCUCUUUUGUUUUCCUUGGUAAACUGACCUACCUCCUACCAAAUCUUUAAACUGAGGAAAGAACUAGUUGUACUCAGCUUAACUUUUGGGGGAUUUUAUUGUUAAAAUUUCUUAAAACUCUUGAACCUUAGCUUACCCAAGGCUCAUUUUGUGUUCAAUCUCCCAAAAGAGUGAAUUCCUGGUGAACUACACAUCCGAAGUGGCCGGCUGUUCAUGAAGUUGCAAAAUGCAGCAUGCUACAGUCUGCCCAAGGUAUCUUCUGUGCUCUGCUCAACAUCUGCAUCUUAAAUGUGCUGUAAAUGGACUCUUCUUCUUGUUUAAAAAGUUAUCAGAAAAUGUAACUUCAGUUACCAGAGUAAACUGAACGGGAACAGUUUUUUGUACUUUAUGUUCUUUGUAUGAUCCAAGAUAUUUUUUUUUUUUCUUUGUCAGUUUGGCUUCAUGGAGCCUAUUAAAACAAAAUGUGAAAUGA